GAUCUCGUUUUCUCACAUUCAUCUCCGUGACUCUCGCCGUGCAGCUCCACCCUCGCGUGGCCAUUUCAGACAAGACUUAAGUAGAGUAAAUAAGCCUUUUCGCCACUUUACCCGGCGGCAUCCGCUUACUCCGCUUCCCGGGUCAUCUGCUGCAUCCGAGCUGCCGCCGAACGGAGUGGAGUCGCUCUCCGCGGAUUCGAAGCCUUGGAAGGGGAGGAUUGCGAAAGCAACCAAACACACUAACCAUCGCAUCGUCGAUUGCGGCUCACUUUCACACAACCUCACUCUCACGCCGCUGCCGAGUGUACCGGCAAGAAUACCGCCACACUUGUUGUCGGAUACACCUUCACUUACAGACAUAUCAUACGCUACCAGUCGCUUGAGGGAGGAUGGUCGUGUCAGCAGCGAGCAUCUAGCACACAUUCACCGACGACGGUCAUCAGACAUUCUCGUGUAGGGAGGAGAAAGAGGAUCGUCGAUAAUCAUGUCUUCGCCAACGAGUACGAUCACGAUGCCGACAGGGACGCCCACGCCGACGCCGACGCCGCAGACUCCCGGUGGUGGACCGACCAGCUCACCCUUACUCUUCUUCGUGGCACUGGGCUUCGGCGUCGUCUUCACCAACUUGUGGAUCAUUGUGGGCGUCAAGUACUGCUUCCGCUACAAUGCCCGUAACCGGCAAAUGCGCGCCUUCGCCGAGAAUGGCGAGCCCAUCGACCUCGCCAACGUACCUCGACCGCACAGGCGAAGGAGGGAGAAGAAGUUGAUGAGCAUGGAAGAGGUCAAUGAGCGAUUCCCAAUGACCAAGUACAAGUCUUGGCGAGCGCUCCGAGAGGCUGAGGGCUUACCUGCGGCGGGCGGCGUUACAGCUCCACCCAGUCGUGCGGCGAGUAUUAAGGAUGAGGCGGGCACGAUUGGCACAAAUGGCAGGAAGAGUGUUGAAUCGAGUCAUCUGCCCACAGCAGCGGAGGGAGUGGAAGGUCAAGAUCACGCCACUGCGGCCACUUCCGCCGGCGCGCAAAGGGAAGCACCAGAAGGCUCAGCAGCAGCCCAACACAUCUCUGAAAAGACCCUCGAAACAUCCGCCGCACAACCUAACCGCACCCACUCCACCGCCACCGACGCGGAAGAAGACCUUGACGAAGACGAUCCCAUUCGCACCGCCGCGCCGCCCGAACUCCUCGCCGUCCCGGGCGACGCCUGUGCCAUUUGCCUCGACACGCUCGAAGAUGACGACGACGUGCGCGGCCUCACCUGCGGUCACGCCUUCCACGGCGCCUGCGUCGACCCCUGGCUCACCAGUCGCCGUGCGUGCUGUCCGCUCUGCAAGGCCGAUUACUAUGUCCCGAAACCGCGGACGGAAGAAGAAGGAGGUGCUGCGGCUGCUUCGACGGGCAGACGAGUCCCGGGUGUACUACGUGGGAUCAAUCUUCCCAGUAACCCUCGCCCGGCGUGGUUGGUUGGCCGGCCGGGAACUGUAUUUGGGCCUCGUGUGGCUUUUGGUGGUGCGAGAGCCGCCGUGCCGAGGGGAGAUCCGUUUACGCUGCAGCCGGCGGCAGAUCAACAACAAGCGGAGCAACCCGUGCCUCCGGAGGCUGGAAGGGCGCCGAUGUGGAGAAUGCCUGCUAUCCGGCUGCCGAGGUUUGGUAGGCAGACGCAGGCCGCGCAGCCGCAAGCAGGCGAGCAUGGUGCGGUUGAAGAACUGGGACCUGUGACGCCUGGGGAGCUGGAAGCGGGGCGGCGGUAGAGCCGCUCUACGUACAGGCUAUGGAUGCUGGCUGGUAUACAGUUCCCCGCAGGAGACAGACGGGCCACUAUACUACCGUACCCCCUGGUUGGAAAUGGUGAAAAAACACGCGAUGAGCUUACGAAUGUCAUGAUACAGAUGAUAACCACCCGAACCGGUGGCUUGGGCGGACGCGGACGUGCACAGGCAGGCCCGGUUUGCAUCUCUUUGGAAGUGGUUGGUGGCUACGCUUAACUUGGCUUUGCUACUGAGCUGCUCAAGCGUGCGUUGCGGCCGCGGUCUCUUGGCCACUUUUCGAUGUACUUACUACUCUCAUCAUAUCUACCGCGGAUUGCUGAGCGAUGGCGCGAUGUGGCGUUGGUGGUGUAUGUUGCUGCUAUGUAGUUGGCGGAACGUUCGAAAGUUACCUCCUGUAGUGUGAAAC